GUCGUAGUGAGAGGUGACUGAAACAAAUUGCCGCGUGUUUAACGUCGUCGUCGUCGUAACGAAAAUCUCGCACAUUUGGUUCGCGUUGUGCCGUUUAUUUGUGAUCCGACUUGACCGUGGAUUUUGGUCAUCUAGAAGUCGUGCCUAAAAGCGUGUGUGUUUGUGUUUACUGCAAUUGUAAUAUCGACUGCUUUUUUUUUUGUUUUGGAUAUUUUAGUAGUGGUUAGCCUGUAGAAGAUGUUUUCAUCCUUGAGCUCGUACAUCUGGACCACUUCGGAGACUGGAAGUCCUCUGGAAGAAAUAACAUUUACGAUUAAUGGAAAAACAUAUACUGUGAAUUCCAAGACGGUACCGGUGGACACAUCACUGAACACCUUCAUUCGGAACCAUGCGCACCUCACCGGAACUAAGUUCAUGUGUCUCGAAGGGGGCUGUGGGGCAUGUAUUGUCAACAUGAAUGGUACACACCCGGUAACAAAGCAGACAACAUCGUGGGCCGUGAAUUCUUGCCUUCUACCGGUGUUCGCCUGUCAUGGAACGGAUAUUCUCACCAUAGAAGGAAUCGGCAACAGAAAGGAUGGAUACCAUCCAGCUCAGCAACGGUUAGCCAACUUUAACGGAACACAGUGCGGGUACUGUUCUCCGGGUAUGGUCAUGAACAUGUACAGUUUGCUCGAAUCCAAAAAAGGCCAGGUAUCAAUGGAGGAAAUAGAAAACUCCUUCGGAGGAAACAUUUGUCGAUGCACUGGCUAUCGGCCUAUUCUGGAUGCCUUCAAAUCUCUAGCUAUCGAUGCUGAUAAGCAACUUUUGGAAGCUUGUAGGGACAUUGAAGACCUAACCAAACUAUGUCCAAAAACGGGAACAACAUGUUCAGGAAAGUGCUCUGCUAUUGAGCAAAUACGUGCGAAACAACCGAUUCGGAUGAUCUUUGAAAAUGACACCGAAUGGCACAAAGUCUAUAACAUAGAUGAGAUUUUUUCCGUUCUCGAGAAAAUCGGGGAAAAGCCCUACAUGUUAGUAGCCGGAAACACCAAACACGGAGUUUAUCGACGAAGCGAAAACUUGAAGGUUUUCAUUGACAUCAACUCGAUCGACGAACUACACUCUCACUCGAUGGGAAAUGAGUUACUGGUCGGUGGAAAUGUUUCGUUGACGGAGUUCAUGACCAUCCUGUCGGAAGCUGCGAACAAGACUAACAAUCUCAGCUACUGUACUGAGUUGGCCAAGCAUAUAGAUUUGGUAGCAAGCGUACCCGUUCGUAAUUCAGGAACGAUUGCUGGGAAUUUAUGCAUUAAAAACCAACAUCACGAGUUUCCGUCCGACAUUUAUCUGAUUCUAGAAGCAGUUGGGGCUCAGCUUACAAUCGUUGAACUUGGAGGGAAAACAUCUACUGUUAGUCCUAUGGAAUUUGUGCAGAUGGACAUGAGCAAAAAAAUUAUCAAAAACUUAAGUCUUCCACCGCUGGAUCCAUCGGUCAAUUUCUUUCGAUCGUUCAAAAUCAUGCCAAGAGCACAAAAUGCGCACGCUUAUGUGAAUGGUGCGUUUCUCCUUAAACUUAACAACAGCAAAAAUAGUGUGGACGAAGCCCGUAUAUGCUUUGGUGGCAUAAAUCCGAAUUUUACUCACGCUACCAACACCGAGAAACUGCUGAUCGGUAAAAAUCCCUUCGACAACAACACUCUUCAGGCGGCCUGCAAUGCUCUAGCGGCCGAAUUGGAUCCCGAUUGGGUUUUGCCCGAUGCAUCCGUUGAGUACCGUAAAAACCUGGCCGUCUCGUUGUUCUACAAAUUCAUUCUCGGCAUUGCACCGGAAGGGCAGAUCAAUGUGAAGUCAGAGUACAAAUCCGGUAGUACAGUUAUGCAAAGGCCAUUAUCAUCGGGAAAACAAACUUUUGACACAUACAAGAAAAAUUGGCCACUGACAAGGAAUGUUCCCAAAAUUGAGGCGUUAGCUCAGACUGCCGGCGAAGCCAAAUAUUGCAAUGACCUACCACCACAGCCUGGCGAGUUGUAUGCGGCUUACGUUUUAGCAACCCAGACUAACUCCAGGAUAGCCCAAAUAGAUCCCUCAGCUGCGUUGAAAAUGCCAGGCGUGGUCGGAUUCUUUACUGCUAAGGACAUUCCAGGAAUAAACAACUUCAUGCCAGCUAGUCAUGGCAACCAAGAUGUCGAGGAAAUCUUCUGCAGCGGCCAGGUCCAAUUUCACGGACAACCCAUCGGUGUCAUAGUGGCCGAAACGUUCAAUUCGGCACAGAGAGCAGCUAACGAAGUCACCAUAACGUACCAAAAAACCUCGGAUAAACCGAUCUAUCCCACUUUAAAAUCUAUUAUGGACGUCAAUGUUCAAGAUCGCUUUUUCGAUGUUUCUUUUGAUAAGAAGGGUAAGUCUUACAGAGUGGCUCCGGCAGUGACUGCCACCAAGAACAUCAAGGGACGCUUUGAAAUUGCGGGACAAUACCACUACACCAUGGAAACGCAAACUUGUGUUUGCGUGCCGAUCGAGGAUGGGAUGGACGUCUAUUCGUCUACGCAAUGGAUGGAUCUCACUCAGACAGCAAUUGCUGAAUCGCUGAAACUUCCUCAAAAUAGUUUCAAUUUACAAGUUCGUAGAUUGGGAGGUGGAUAUGGAGCUAAAAUUUCAAGAGCUACGCAAAUAGCUUGUGCAUGCGCACUGGCGGCUCAUCUAACAAAUCGUCCUGUACGAUUUGUACUGAAAAUUGAAGAGAAUAUGCGAGCGAUCGGAAAACGUUACGGCUGCAUUAAUGAUUAUGAUAUUGACGUCGAUAAAACAGGCAAAAUAACUAAAAUGAACAAUAGUUAUGCUCAAGAUUAUGGAGUUUCGCUAAACGAAUCCGUACAGGGAGCGACUACUGAGUUCUUCAAAAACUGCUACGACACAAAAACAUGGAAAACUGUCGGAAAAGCAGUUCGAACCGAUGCGGCUAGUAACACUUGGUGCCGAUCGCCCGGUACAACCGAGGGGGUGGCAAUGAUAGAAAAUAUCAUGGAACACAUCGCCCAUGAAACGGGACUUGAUCCAUUCGAGGUUCGAAUGGCAAACAUGGCGAAGGACAACAAGAUGCUACAGUUGAUGCCCCAGUUUCGUCAGGAUGUAAAGUAUGAUGAACGCAAGCGUGCCAUCGACGAGUUCAAUGCUGGCAAUCGUUGGAAGAAACGCGGUAUCGCAAUAAUUCCCAUGCAAUACUGGUUGGAUUACUUUGGACAACUUAACGCGAUUGUGUCCAUUUUUGCGGGAGACGGUACCGUAUCCGUUACACACGGAGGAAUUGAAAUGGGACAGGGCAUGAACACCAAAGUCGCACAAGUAACUGCCUAUGCUUUGGGAAUCGGACUAGAGAAGGUCAAUGUGAAACCGUCCACCACUUGGACCUCUCCAAAUGCCAUUGUUACGGGUGGGAGUAUUACUAGUGAAGCUGUUUGCUAUGCCGUGAAAAAAGCAUGCGAUAUGCUGCUGGACCGGAUGAAACCUAUUCGCGAUGCGAAUGAGGGCGCAUCUUGGGAAAAAGUGGUGAAACUGUCUAACGACAAAAGCAUUGAUCUUUGCGCAGAGGCCCAAUAUAAGGCCGAGGAUCUAAAGCCCUACUACAUCUGGGGUCUGAGCUGUGCGGAAAUCGAAACCGAUAUACUGACGGGAAAUGUACAAAUCAAACGGGUGGACAUCCUGGAAGACACCGGCGAAAGCAUGAGUCCUGGCAUCGAUGUUGGACAGAUUGAGGGAGCUUUUGUGAUGGGGAUCGGGUACUACUUCACGGAAGCACUAGUGUAUGAUAACGCCAGUGGCGCCUUGUUGACUGAUCGUACCUGGACGUACAAACCUCCGGGCGCGAAAGAUAUACCAAUCGAUUUCCGUAUCAAGUUUCUGCAGAACAGUGCUAAUCCUGCGGGGGUACUUCGCUCGAAAGCCACGGGUGAGCCAGCUCUGAACAUGUCCAUCGUGGUACUGUUUGCACUUCGCAACGCUCUUAAGUCAGCUAGGCAGGAUGCCAGUCUACCAGACGAAUGGAUUCCUAUGGGCACACCAACAACUCCGGACCAGAUUUAUAUGUUAGCUGGUAACAAAAUCGAACAGUAUUUGUUGAACUGAAGUGAUAUCAUGUAUACGAUGGAAUAGCUUAUAAUUGAACAAGUGGUGCAGGACUUAAUUCAUAAGAUAAUUUGAUAUUGAUUUUGUUGAUACUUACAGAAUAAACAAAGUGUUUAUUUAAA